UUUUUGUGUGCGCUCUCUCUCUCUCUCUGUAUUUGUGUUUUUGUUUGUGUGCGCUGACUACAACAACAAACCCCUCCCCUUCGCUUUUCUUUUCUUUUCUUCUUUUAGGAGAGAGAAACACAACUUGUAGAGAGAGAUACAAGAGAAGAAAAGAAGAAGAGAAGAGAAGGGCUUUGUGAGGGGUCUUCCUUCUUUUUCUUUCUCCCCUUAUAGGGUUCAAUUCCAUUCAUUCAGCUCUAAUUUAAGAUUUGUAUGGUUGACUCGGGAGUACGAGCUUCGAACUAGAUAAAGUUUGGGUCUUUGGGGUACAAUCACGGGUUUUAGUUCAGGACAGCCCCUGCUGGUUUGAGUUUCUAGAGGAAUAUUGUUCUCCAUAUGUGCCCAAAACCAGAAUGCAGUGUUUGUCUCGAGCACAUAUCAAAUGCCAUCUGUAAAUAUGAAGAGUGAAGUAAGCACGACUUGUUUAACAGAAACCAAGGAUAUUCACGUCUGUUCAAAAUCAAAAGUAAUUUCCAAAAAGACAUGCUCCAAAGUCAUUAUUUCUGCUGAAGUUGCUGGAAUAGACACAACUAUCCAAAAUUUCUUAGAUGUUUCCUCGGUGACACUGGUAUCCCCCAAGGACAUUGCAAGUGGUGAAUUUAUUGAUAAAAAGGAAAUUCUAACUAAAGAAAAAUCUGAGUCUCAGCUGCUGCAGUCAUUUUCUCUUGAUUCCUCUUCCCUGGAACCAAUCAAUCCCUGUGCAGCAAACAUGGAAGCAAUUUUUUCUACUGCGUUUGAGCCCAUUGAAGUCAAUUCUCAACAUUUUGAUGAAGAUGCAGGGAGCAUUGGUGGUACUGGCAUGUCUGCAGUGAGAGAUGAUGAAAGUGAUGAUAAAAGAAUCAUUUGUGGUUAUGAAACAUUGGAUGUAUCAGACUUCAGCAUUUCUGAUAUGAUCAUCACAAGCUUACCCCUUGACAGAGAUUCUUUUGAUCAUGAUAUCUGUGAGAUCAACUCCUUGUCUGAUUAUAGAUCGUCUGAGCCACCUAUGCUUGAUGCAUCUGAUCAGUACAUGAUCCUGCCUGCUCUUGAAGAUGAUAUUAAAAUUGGCAGUACUUCUGAUGUAUCCUAUAAAGAAUCCAUCACAGUUCAGGAAAAUGCUAGCUUGUAUUCAGCAUUGUGUCAGAUAAGAUCUUGCAAUCAGGAUUCUGAUGUUAAAGACUACUUGGAUAAGACAGAGUGGUUUGAUCCACAAUUGUUCAUAAAGAAUUUACCAGAACUAUCGGAUGCAGAGUCCAAUGAUCUGCCCACCCAGAUACCAAGAUCAUCUCAGAGAAGAAAGUCAGUGACACUAGCGCUUGAUUUAGACGAGACACUUGUUCAUUCUACUCUAGAACACUGUGAUGAUGCUGAUUUCACAUUUACUGUCUUCUUCAAUAUGAAGGAGCACACGGUAUAUGUAAGAAAGAGGCCUAAUCUCUGCACGUUCUUGGAGAGAGUGUCAGAGAUGUUUGAAGUUGUAAUUUUUACUGCCAGCCAAAGCAUAUAUGCCAAACAAUUGCUUGAUAUAUUGGAUCCUGAAGGAAGACUUAUUUCACGUCGAGUAUAUAGAGAAUCAUGCAUUUUUUCAGAUGGAAAUUACACUAAGGAUCUGACUGUAUUAGGUGUUGAUCUUGCUAAAGUUGUCAUAGUUGAUAAUUCCCCUCAGGUUUUCCGGUUGCAAGUGAACAAUGGUAUUCCUAUUAAGAGUUGGUUUGAUGAUCCAUUGGAUUGUGCACUAAUGUCAUUACUCCCCUUUCUGGAGACUCUGGCUGAUGCAGAUGAUGUCCGUCCUAUCAUUGCACAGAGAUUUGGUAACAAAGAAUAAGUAUAUUAUUGACCAAAGUUGGCAGCUUUUGUCAUUUUUUAAACAUAGAUUUAGGAAAAAGCCCUCUAAGUAGGUUCUAAAUUCUCCUUUUCAUUUGAGUUCUUAAUAUGAAUUAACCUAUGCAAUAAACUAUUGGUUAUCCUA